CCAUCUCUCUACCAAGAAUCAAGAUAAAUAAAAACGAUUAUCCGAUAUCAUAUCAGUUAAAUUCCCCGCAUACUAAUUUAUCAUAUCAUUACACUCAACCCCACACUCCCCUCUCCAGAGAACCACCAAAAAACAACAACCUCAUCCCCAACACAAUCCACACACCAAAGAGAACAGCCAAACCAUCAACCAAACCCGAAAAUGCAAACACCGACACUCAAAGCACUCCUAACCCAAGACCCGGGCCUCCCCAAACCCAACCCGACGUCUUCAUACUGGCAAACCCCACCCCACACCCUCAGUAAUACGCAAUCCCCUUCUCUGCCCCUCAAAACCGAUGUCGCCAUCAUCGGCUCUGGAAUAACUGGUCUCUCGGUACUACUUACUCUCCUAGACGAUCAUCCUGAUCUUACUAUUACGGUUCUAGAAGCGAGGGCUUUGUGUUCGGGUGCGACGGGCCGGAAUGGAGGGCAAUUGGCUGCAAAUGCCGGGGAGGAGUAUUUGCAUCUGGUGGAGGAGUUUGGGAGGGAGAGUGCGGGGGAGAUUGUGCGGUUUACGUUUGAGAAUUUGCGGAGGAUGAGGGAGUUGGCGCGAAGGUUUGAGGUGGAGGAGAGUGAGGUGCAGGAGGUGGCUAAGGUGAGGGUUUUUCUAGAGGAGGAUGGGUUUGAGAGGUUCAAGAGGAGUGUGGAAGCUUUGGAGGGGGAUUUACCGGAUCUUAAGGGGGUAUAUACGGUUCUUGAUAGGGAAGUGCUGAAGAGGGAGUAUCGUCUGGACGGCGCUGGGGGUGCUCUGCUUCCUGCCGGGACCAUCUGGCCUUACCGGCUCGUGACCAAGACUUUUGCCUGUCUCCUGGAGAAAUACGGGCAUAGGUUGAAUAUCGAAACGCAGACCCCCGUUACUUCUAUCGCUUCCGAUGCGACGAACCCUUCCCACCCCUAUACCCUGCAUACACCCCGAGGAAGCCUACGCGCAACUCAGAUCGCGCACUGUACCAAUGGACAUGCAGGACAUUUGCUCCCAGGACUCCGCGGUCCAAUCUAUCCCUUCAAGGGAACGAUGACGGUGCAAGACGCAGGCAGUAUCAUGCCCAACCGCGGUGAGGAUCUUUCAUGGGGUUUCCAUUACCCAGUUAUCUAUGAUAAACAGUCCAAUCGGUAUGCUGCGGGCUUGUACUAUCUCAUGCAGAACACGAAGACGGGGUAUUUCUUUUUCGGCGGAGAGGACACGCAAAUCGACCAUUGUUUAUCAGCGGACGACAGUCAGGUCGAGGGAGACUCCAUCAAGCAUCUACAAGAGAAGCUGCCACAUUUCCUUGGCUACGACGGACCGGAACAAUGGAGGCUAGCCAGUGGGUGGAGUGGGAUUAUGGGCUUCUCCGCAGACGGACUUCCCGUUGUCGGACGUGCGGAAACCGCAAUGAUAGGGCGACAGGGCGAUGGGGAAUACGUUGCGGCUGCAUUCAACGGCUAUGGCAUGGCCAACUGCUUGCUGGCCGGAGAAGCGUUGGCAAGGAUAAUGAUGGGGAAAGACGUGAGCGCGUGGCUGCCAAAGGCGUACGGGAUCCAUGAGACACGUUUGAAAGGGCCACUGACGGUGGGUCAUGCAAUUGAAUCCUUCGAAUUGGAUCCUUGAUGCGGUUACCUAUGGCAGCGACAGUCCAAGCCACCAAAUGCAUAUCACCUUGAAAUAGAGGUGCUGAAGCAGCUUUUUAUAUAUUAGUAUACCAGCCAAUU